AUGAAGCUUUCCGCUGCUCUCGUCGCUCUUGGCCUCGCUGGUGCCGCCCUCGCUCAGGACGCCCAGCCCACUCUUCCUGCUUGCGCGCAAGAUUGCGCGAACAAGUUCCUGCAGGAAGGCAUUGGCAACUGCGGCUCGGACCCUGCCUGCAUCUGUGCCAACAAGAGCUUCAUCGGGGAUAUUUCAUGCUGCCUGAUCGGUGUCUGCGAUGAUGCUGCCCAGACUGCUGCUGUCAUUUUCGCGAACUCUCUCUGCAGCGCUUUCAAAGUGAGCGAUCUGCCGACUGCUCCCUCCUGCAGCACCGCUGCUGUUCAAACCCAGUCAGCUAGCAGCCAGUCAACCACGGGCACCACUACCGGCCCUAUUACAUCAUCUCCCUCGGCUACGACCAGUGCCACAGCUGAUGCUGCUAGCAGUUCUACUGCAUCCGACAACAUGGGUCCGCGCCCUACGGCUGCGGCCGUCGGCCUCGGUGCCGUCGGCGGCAUUAUGGCUGCUGUCGCCCUUCUCUAA